CGUUGGUCACACUUCUCCGUAGGGCGUUUCUGUUCAGCUUAUUAUUUACGUUUGUGAAUUUAUCUUAUUUUGUUAAGAAACCCCGAUAUACAUUCCAUAACUUAAGUGAAAAUGCAUUCCCAGACGAAUCUCAUUGCAGUGGUGCUGCUGGCAGCUCUAGUUCACGAAGGCUCUGCAAUUUGGUGCUACCGCUGUACUUCGGCGACUCCUGGAUGUGGAGAGAAUUUUAACUGGCGGGGAAUAGGAUUCCUGGGCGAGCACUGCCCAGAGCCAAACGAUAUCUGCGUCAAGCUGAUCGAGCAACGCGGCGCCCAGGAAACUAUCACUCGCGAUUGCCUCAGCGCCCUGAGCUUCCGCAAGGACAUUCCCGCCGACAAGUACGAGGGCUGUCGUCCCGCCGCCCAUGAUGAAAAGCUGGCGAACUACGUCAACCACACGAUCAAGGAGCACGAUGUGAAAAGGGACUACUUCACGGACACCAAAUUCUGCUUCUGCUUCCUGGAUCACCGAUGCAAUGGAGCCAGUGGCCUGCAGGUGUCCGCCUUGAUGGGUCUGCUCGCCCUGGCCACUGCCCUGCUCCUUCGCUAGAAUCUCCCCCAGAGUGGAGUGCCCAAGUGCCUUACUAACUCACGAAACAACGACGAAUCUCGUCCAACAUUCCGUCCGCACACUGUACAAUUUUUUGACUGGCUUUACAGCUUUUAGAGUCUUGUUUACUCAACUAAUUAAAUACAUUUUACCAUA